GCCGCGGCUCCCGCCGCUUCCGGGAAUCGUUCAGGGAUGCGAGUUUCCUUGUAAGGAGGCGCCGGGACUGCAGCGGCACCCCCUGCCCCAAGAACCGCCGCUGGGGGCGCAAACGACGACCACGUAACCGCGGCAGGAGUUCGUCUGCAGGCGCUUAAAGGUUUAAUUUGAAAUGUACCAGUAGAAAAAGAAUGUGCUCCUCCAACUGGGUUAUUCUCUCCUUUCUGAAAUUUUUUAGCCUAUGUAUAAUGCCAGAAUUUGUAUAUGCACAGAACACAUGUCCUGAGAUUACGCAACAGCUUUUGAAAGAUGGCUUUCAUAGAGAUCUCUUGAUUAGGGUAGAUUUUGGUAUAGCUGAUGAAGGCCUUAAAAGUUGCAGGCUGGCAACUAAAGUAUAUCUUCCAAGAGGAUUAUAUGUGGAUCCCUAUGAACUGAAAUCUUUACAACAGCAUAAUCUGACUGAGGCGCUGGUGAUUGCGGAUGAAGUAGAUUUGGAAGUUCCUGAGUAUUUAGCAACUGAUGCUUCUGUCCUUAUUUACAUGAGACCUGAUCCUGAGUGCGUUACCUGUUUUAGAGCAUUGUUACCACUGCACUGCCGAUAUUACCGGCCCUCAGAAAGUAAUGGAAAAAUCUCUGUUGUCUUGCAGAGUCCAGAAAUAAUGACCCAUUGCCAAAAAUCCUUUUUUUCAGUGAACUGUUUGAAAGAAACUGAAAUAGAAGCUCCGUGUUCCCAGAAUAAUCUAGACGUAUGCUAUUGGAACAGUAUGAAAUAUAAAAUUGUAAGUAAAGAAUUGGAACUGCAGGUACCAGUUGGACUCAAACAUCACCUUUCCUUGGUGUGUGCAGUAACACUUAUUACCACAGGACUCUGUUCCAGUUUUAUCCUUUCAGCUUUAUGCAAAUAUGGACACUUCAUUCAUUACUGAAUGUGAAAUUAAAUAAACUUUUAUUAUUGAAAUCAUGGAAAAGCUGUCAAACUGUCCAGACAACCUAGAGAUAAGAACAGAAGAGCAAGCUUGAUUGUGUACCAAAAGCUGGUGUUGACUCAUAGUGACCACAUAGCUAGACCUUUUUCAAGAUGAGCUGUUCCCAACCUGGCCUUUUGGGUCUCCCAACAGCGUACUCAUCUCUGUUGUAAUCAAGUCCAUUCAUCUUUCUGCUGAUCAUCGUCUUCUCCUCUUUCCUUCCACCUUUCCCAACUUUAUGAACUCCUCAAGGAAGUUGGGAUUUCAGAUAAUGUGACCAAAAUAUAAUUUGAGCCUGGUUAUUUGGUUCUUGAGUGAGAACUCUGGGUUGAUUUGUUCUAUGAUCUAUUCAUUUGUUUUCUUGGCUAUCCUUGAUAUUGUCAAGAAUCUUUUCUAAUACCAAUGUUCAAAAGUCUUUUUAUCUUCUUCAAAGUCCAACUUCUGCUUGCAUAGUUCUGACAUUUGUGAGUACAGAUGCAUCAUAGCAUCUAAAUAUCUGAAUACUGAGAAAAUGCUGGAUGUAAACCAUUAGCUGUGAAAAUGCAAGGAAACAGAAAAUUGCUUUAUUGAUGGAAAAAUUCAGCAGUUUCAAAUGUUCUUAAUUUUUCUGUUCAUAUCACUAGAGAUACUGCUAGCAUGUGCUAUCUGUCAUAAUUAUAGAAAAUAUUGAAUAUUUAUACAUUUCUAUCUGGAAGAAUAAAUGUCUUCAAAUAUUCUUACAAAUCCUACUUUAGUUUUCAAUCUAAAUUCAUGUACUUUGAUUGCUUUUCACCUGUACUAGAAUUAUUGUCUAAAAUGGUCCACUGUCUCUUUGACUCCCCUCUAAAACAUUAUAAAAAAACGCUUGUCACAUGGUAUAUUUCACCACUGGAUAACAAAUUGCUUUAACAUUGGUUCUUUUGUUCUCUCUACAAAGUGCUAUGUGAUAACUGAGGCAUUGCUACAGCUACUACUUCAAGCUCCAUUUGAGCAGUGUUCUGCAUCUGUUUGGGGGGGGAAGGAGCUUUUAAAGAAACCAAUCACAGAGGAGUUUUUUUGUCACUAAAUUGGCCACAUAUGAGCAAUUGAGGCAUAUAAUGAAACAUCAGCUGUAAAUCUGUUUAUAUUAUCCAUGGAUCUUUUAGUAUGAUGUCAAUUUUAGGAUUUUAUUGGCUGAAAUUUACUGGAAAUAAAUGUAACAUCCUGCACUA